AUGAUCCGAUUUGUUCGGUGACAACCGGGAGGUUCCGUUAGAAGUAAAUGCAGAGGGAAUAGGUUGACGUUUGUUUGUUAUUUACAGUGUUAGAUUGUGCAUUAUUCUACUUGUAUUAUCAGGGUGACAUCUGUGUCGAGGGAUAGGCUACAGUAUGUUUAUUUUAUUUGGAUGAAGCGAGCAGGCAGCAAGUUGCAAGAAUUGGAUCGCCAAGCGCUGAACCUGCCGCCUGCGAGCCUAUGAUCCGGUAUAUUUAUCGGUCUAUGAAGCCUACUGUAUGAAAUUCAAGUAUGUCAGGAAAACAUUUUAAAGGCCAUGAAGUCAGUUGCUGCAUCAAAUAUUUUAUUUUUGGAUUUAACAUAAUAUUUUGGUUGCUGGGUGUGGCCUUCCUUGGAAUCGGACUAUGGGCAUGGAAUGAGAAGGGUGUUCUCUCCAACAUCUCGUCCAUCACAGACCUGGGGGGCUUUGACCCUGUCUGGCUCUUCCUGGUGACGGGAGGGGUCAUGUUUAUCCUGGGCUUCGCCGGCUGCAUCGGCGCGCUGAGGGAAAACACCUUCCUGCUCAAGUUUUUCUCUGUGUUCCUGGGGAUCAUCUUCUUCCUGGAGCUGACGGCUGGAGUAUUGGCCUUUGUCUUCAAGGACUGGAUCAAGGACCAGCUUAACUUCUUCAUCAACAACAACAUUCGGGCAUAUCGUGACGACAUCGACCUCCAGAACCUCAUAGACUUCACUCAGGAAUAUUGGGAGUGUUGCGGCGCAUUCGGAGCGGACGACUGGAACCUCAACAUUUACUUCAACUGCACGGACACCAACCCCAGUCGGGAGAAAUGUGGCGUCCCCUUCUCCUGCUGCACCAAGGACCCUGCGGAGGAUGUGAUAAACACACAGUGCGGCUAUGACGUACGAGCCAAAACGGACGCAGAGCAGAAGACCUACAUCCAUGUGAAAGGUUGUGUGCCACAGUUUGAGAAGUGGUUACAGGACAACCUGACAGUGGUGGCUGGGAUCUUCAUAGGAGUUGCACUGUUACAGAUAUUUGGAAUAUGUUUGGCACAAAACUUAGUGAGUGACAUCGAAGCUGUGAGAGCAAGCUGGGUGCCCCCGCCCUCUCUCUCCAUGCGCCGACCCCCACCUCACUCUGGAAAGAAAGGGUCUGCGUACUACGCGUGAGGAACAUGCUCGCUAGCGUGUGUAUGUAUGAACUGUAGCCGUUUGUUUACCUGAUGUCACAGCCUGUCUUCACCCAGGAAUGCACAGAUCUCUUCAGCAUGGCUACGCCAUUCUCGGAGCAUCAGAAUAUGCUUGAAGCCUGCUAACACUGGGAAAGAUUCCUGAGAUCACCUGCACCAUGGUGACCUGCACAUUCUGAUCCUUUUUAAAGAUGUGUUUAGGGUUGCAAAAUUCCAGUAACUUUCCCAAAAUUCCCAGGUUUUCUAGAAAUACCAGUUGGCAGAUUUCUGGAAAACUUGGGAAUUUGGGGAAAGUUACCAGUGUUUUGCAUCCCCAUUGUUCCAUGGGAUUCCAUCCAUGUGUCAAACACUUUGUGUAGAAAUGUACAGAAAAUAAUGCCAAAUGGGGGGUGUUUGUAAAUGCACUGCAUGCCUGUCACAUAGUGUGACCACAUUUAAAAAAUACCCAAAUGCGAGACAACAGGAGGAUUUUGCGGGACAGUGUAGCCUACAUGAAUAAAAACAUUUGGCAGCCCCCCACCCCCACCCCACCUUUCAUAAGCGCAAUGUGACUACAAGAGACAGGUUGGAAUGUCUGGACUAAAAUAAGGGACAAAAACAUUUUUUACAUUAUUAUUAGUGGUGCUUGAAUUUGUUGAUUAAAUGCGAGACAUGAUUGUUUCAUUGCGGGACGCAGAACAAAGGGACAAAAUGUGUGAGUGUCCCACACAAUCCGGGACGUUGUCACCCUACUGUCACAAUGGCAUGGAAUCUGGUUUCGUUUCAUUAGAAUGUGCAAAUGUUUUCUUAUUGACACAGGUAUUUUUAACAGUAAAAUAGUAGCUGUAUUUGUGCUGACACUGUGAGCUUAGGGAAGAGAGUAAUGGCGCUAGAAUGUAAAUGUUCAGUAGUAGUCACAGCCUUUAAGUCACGUUUGCUUUGAACUGCUGAAGCAUUGUCGGUUCAAGCGUUUUUGUUGCACAAAUGAGCAUUCGUUAUAUUUCAUGGCAUCGCUACCACCUGGUGAAAUACAUACAGGUAUGUCAGAUACUUUCAAAUACUUCAGGUGUGCUUGAUUUUUGUGUGCACUUUUGGGACUAGUCAAUUGGUUCCAUUGUAACAGGCAAGCUAAAUCAAGCACACUUAAAGGUCCAAUGCAGCCGUUUGUAUCUCAAUAUCAAAUAAUUUUUGGGUAACAACAAAGUAUCUUACUGUGAUUGUUUCAGUUAAAAUAAAAAAAUAAAAAAUAUUCUUAGCAAAGAGCAAUUUCAAGAAUCUUGGUAGAACUGGGUCUGAGUGGGGAGGAGGAAAACUGAACAUUUGCUGUUAUUGGUAGAGGUUUGGAACUCUUUCUUAUUGGUCUAUUAACUAAUUUACCGCAUGGUGAUAUCAACAUGGAAGGCUAAAACUCUUACCCACCAAAACAGGCUGAUGUUUCAGGCGGUCCUUUCAAACAGCUCUUACACUAAAAGGGCAUUAUCAUUUUCACAG